GGGUUUCUAUUUCGUAUACAAUCCCUUCGUAAGACGAUGAAAAGUUGCUUACUUUUUCGCUUCUUUUAGAGAGAGGAAAAAAUGCAGAAAGAGGAAGGAGUCCAGUGCCUCGAUGCCGGAACGCCCUUUGACCAAACAGACGACGAUGGGCGAGUCAAGAGAACAGGGACAUUGCUAACAGCGAGUGCACAUAUCGUUACUGCUGUGAUAGGAUCAGGGGUGCUUUCUCUCUCAUGGGCAAUAGCUCAGUUGGGGUGGAUUUUUGGGGUUUUCGUGCUCCUGAUUUUCUCUCUCAUCAUUUUAUACACCUCGUUUUUUCUGGCGGAUUGUUAUAGAUAUCCAGAUCCUGUUAAUGGCAAGAGAAACUACAAUUACAAAGCUGCCGUGAGUGCCCAUUUAGGCGGGCUCAAAACCAAAAUAUGUGCGUCCACACAGUAUGUCUUUCUCGUCGGAAACUGUUUAGGUUACGCAGUAACUGCAUCGCUGAGCAUGGCGGCGGUGGAGAGAUUGAAUUGCUUCCAUAAGAAUGGGCAUGCAGCUGAAUGCGUCGCUUCGACGAACAAGUACCUGGUCAUCUAUGGAUGUAUUCAGAUUGUGCUCUCUCAAAUCCCCAAUUUUCACAAGCUUUGGGGCCUCUCUAUUGUUGCAGCUAUCAUGUCCUUCUGUUACUCCUCUAUUGGUGUUGGGCUUUCCAUUGCCAAAAUUGCAGGUGAAGGAGCUUCGAAAACAACGUGUCUUACAGGGGUAAGAGUUGGGAUAGAUAUCACUGCGGGAGAGAAGUUUUGGAGGGUUUGCCAAGCUCUCGGAAAUAUUGCAUUUGCCUCCGCAUUUACUGCUGUGCUCUUAGAAAUCCAGGAUACAUUGAAAGGCCCUCCUCCUGCUGAGAACAAAGUGAUGAAGAAGGCAACUACAAUAUCAACCAUCAUCACUACUGUCUUCUACUUGCUUUGCGGUUGCUUGGGCUAUGCAGCAUUUGGCAGCAAGGCACCAGGAAAUAUGCUCACUGGGUUCGGGUAUUAUGAACCCUUUUGGUUGAUAGAUUUUGCCAAUGUCUGUGUUGCUGUUCAUCUCUUUGGAUCAUUUCAAGUGUUUGCCCAGCCCCUAUAUGCAGUCAUGGAGAGGGUGUGCUCGAGGCGAUGGCCUUCUAACCCUUUCAUCAGCAAUGAAUGGACAAUUUCAACCUUGGGAUUAUGCUCCUACUCAUUCAACUUUUUCAGGAUCACAUCAAGAACGUUGUAUGUGGUGGUCCUCACCCUCAUCGCCAUGAUCUUCCCCUUCUUCAACGACUUGGUGGGGUUGAUUGGGUCCAUUGCCUUUUGGCCCCUUACAGUUUACUUCCCUGUAGAGAUGUACAUCCACCGAAAGAAGGUCCAGCGCGCGUCUACCGAGUGGUGCUGGCUGCAGAUACUCAACUUGAUUUGCCUCUUGGUCAGUGUUGCCGCGGCCGUGGGCUCCUUUCAAGGCCUUGCCACCUCUUUGAGGACUUACAAGCCUUUCAAGACCUUCUAAAUUUGGAGGCUCUUCUAAACUCAGGGGGAAAAAUGAAAUUCAUGGGUCUUUUGGUUUUCCUUUCCUUUACCUUUGCUUUUUUUAUUGUCUUGUAUGCUUAUCAUGAUUUUUUUUUUUUUGGUAAUACAGUGGGGAAGACAAGCCCCUAUUUGUUUUUUUCAAGUAGAUUAGGAGGUAGCUUUUUGAAAGUAUUAGUACGGUAGUGUUAGUGGUGGGACUAGAAACCACAAUGUGGAGAUUAGGGUGUGGGGUAGCGUGCUACCACCACGACCCUUGCUCAUUCUCGCUUACUAUGAAUUUGGUUAUAUGGGAAGGAUAAUAUGAAAUUUCUUUGCAAUUCAAGAAAGCGAUUGUAUACAACGAUAUCAUUUACUUUUGACACGU